AUGACGACGUGCCGUCUGCUGUGCGCCCUGUUGGUGCUUGCCCUGUGCUGCUGCCCGUCCGUGUGUGCGGAAGAGUCUACUGAGCAUACUGAAGUUAAAGCUCCUGUCGCCACCAGUCCACAGUCCCCUUCAUCGGUGACACUAACACAGGGAAAAGGUCAGUCAGGGUUGUUAGGUAAUGGGUCCGGUGCGGACCAGGGAAGAAAUGCCGGAGCGGGACCAAGUUCGACCGGUGUUUUACCGCAAUCAAAAGACGCGAAGAGUGCGGUACAGAUAAAAGAUGGUUACAAUACGACAGGGUCACAAAAUAGCAGGAGUACACCCGCAGAAGAAGCAAAUCAGGAAGCCGAAGAUCCUGCCGAGACGACCACGACGACGACUACAACACAUGCACCAACAACGAUAACAACCACUACAACAAAGGCACCAAUUACUACGACUACAGAGGCGCCAACUACGACUACAGAGGCGCCAACUACGACCACAGAGGCGCCAACCACGACGACCACCCGCGCACCGUCACGUCUUCGGGAAGUCGACGGCAGCCUCAGCAGCUCUGCGUGGGUGUGUGCCCCGCUGCUGCUCGCCGCAUCCGCGCUGGCGUACACCACUCUGGGCUGA